AUCCCCUACGCCAUGGUGUGCGACCAUGUGAGCCAGUGCCAGAACAAACGGGACGAGCUCAUCUGCAACUACCGCAAGUGUGACAGCCUCACGGAGUUCACCUGCACCUCCGGUCAGUGUGUGCCGCUGGACGCCCAGUGUGAUCUGUUCGCCGACUGCGUGGACAAGAGCGAUGAGGAGAAGUGCAUCAAGUGCAGGAACGGUCUGUGUCACGAUGGGCGCUGCCUGCCCAAGCACUGGUUCGCUGACGGCGAGGUGGACUGCAACGCGUGUACGUCCCGGGGCGACGUCAAGGCCGAGAUCGCGUCGGUCCCUGAUGACAACAUCGCCCAGUGCGUGUUCACCUGCAACCGUACACAGUGCACUUACGUGUCCAUGCUCGGGGACGGUGUGGUGGACUGCACCGGACCAGAAGGCCCCCUGGAUGAGACGUUGGGGAAACUAGAAGCCACCACAUGCUACACACAAACCGACAACAUUUCUAAAAUUUUUAACAACUGGGCGCCAAAGUGUAUUUACAUCAAGGACAGGUACGACGGCUUGCUGGGUUGUAGAGAUCUGGUCCAUCUCCAGAACUGCGACAACUUCGUGUGCCCCGAGGGCUACAUAAAAUGUCCGCGGUCGUAUUGCAUCCCGCUGCACUACGUUGAAAACGGCGUUUACGACUGCCCUAACGGCGAGGACGAGACCGCGCCACUAAACUGUGCCGGCAAUUUUCAAUGCGCCUCCUCCAGUGUGUGCCUGCACCCCGACAACGUGUGCGACGGACACCCCCACUGUCCAUUGGGAGACGAUGAGAUCAGCUGCGCGGUAACCUGCAGGAGCGGGUUCCAGUGUUUGGGCGCUGUCGUGGUGGUCAAAAACUAUGAUUUGUCCAUUCCCCUAAAUGACUUGAACUUUAUUGACCAUAGGACACGCUACAUGGAUCUGACGGGCGUGAACAUAUCUUCUGUGUUUCCAGAAUUUCCUAAAGGUCACUUUUAUAACUUGAUGGAAAUGUACUUGUCCCAUUGUGGGAUCACGCACGUGGACGCUGUGACCUACUCUCAAAAUGACCUCUGGUCAGUGAUUUACGCCGAUUUGAGUUACAACGAGAUCACCAGUAUUGGGGUGACCAGCAUCUUCAGGUACAUGGUGAGUCUCAAGUCACUGAACCUCAGCAGAAAUACCGGGCUCAGCUACCUGCAUCCAGACACCUUUAACACGUACGGCAUGGUCUCACAGCUGACCAGCCUCGACUUGUCUCACACGAGUGUCACGGCGAUACACUACACGCUGCUGGUGCCGCUGCUCAGCCUGCAGGACCUCAGCCUUCGCGGCACGAAAAUCUCGGACAUGCGCCAGGACAUGUUCCCGGAAGACUACGUCCUACAAGUGCUGGACCUCCGGGAGCUGAACGUACAACAGAUUUACGCCAACACGUUCAAGUUCAUGACGGUCAAGUCCCAUUUCUACACGGACACCUUCAAGCUCUGCUGCCCGCAGCUUCACAACGACAAGACGCCCAUGUAUGUGUGCGACGCACCACAGGAUCCGUUCUCCUCAUGCUCGGACCUUAUGGGGGAACCUAUUCUGCGAGUCCUGUUGUGGCUGUUCGGCUGCCUGGCCGUCAUCGGAAACAUCGUUGUCAUCAUGUACCGCCUGACCUACGACAGAAACAUACUGAAGAUGGCUUACGGCCAUUUCGUGAUGCACCUCAGCAUAUCAGACAUGUUCAUGGGGAUCUACCUGCUCAUCGUGGCCGUGGCGGAUUCCUAUUACAGAGGAACCUACGUGUGGGGGGAAAUGGAGUGGAGGAACAGCAUCGCGUGUAGAACAGCCGGGUUUCUUUCCACGCUCUCCAGUGAGGUGUCAACCUUUUUUAUUUUCCUGAUCACGAUCGACAGGUUCCUGGUUAUUAAGUUUCCGUUCGGGCAGCUGAAAAUGUCAGGGCCGGUGAUAAUAACGUGCUGCGCACUGGCCUGGGUGAUAGGACUGACCAUUGCCAUCACGCCGCUCCUGCCCCCGUUCAAACACUGGACCACCUACUGCUCUAAUGGCAUGUGCCUGGGACUGCCCCUCAUGAACCGGCGUCUACCUGGAUGGGAGUUCUCGACCACGGUUUUCAUCUUCCUCAACUUGUUUCUCUUCAUCAUCAUCGCGGUCGGUCAGCUCAUCAUCUACCGGACGAUGGCCAACAUGAGGAUGGGCCACGGGGCCCUGACAAACACAAGCUAUCGCCGCGUUCAGGACUUCGAGGUGGCCAAGCACCUUUCCUUGAUCGCCAUCUCGAACUUUUGCUGCUGGUUCCCCAUCGGCGUGAUGGGGCUGCUCGCUCUCAACGGACACCAGCUGGGGAUGGAGGCCUACGCGUGGUCGGCCGUGCUCAUCAUGCCUCUCAACUCGGCCAUCAACCCCCUCAUUUACACCAUACCGGCGCUCAUGCAGCGUUGGUCGGAGCUGAUGUUU